GGGGGAGGGGCAAUGAAUCUUUCCCUAGAGAUAUUCCUUAUAUCAUGCGCCCCUUUCCCCUCGUUUCAGCAUCUUUUCUUUCUUCGUCUUCUUCGUCUUCUUCUUCUUCUCCUUCUUCUUUUCCCCCCUGUUCAUUUGACUGGCACCUGGGGUAUAUCAACAGAGCCAUUGACGACGGAUUACUUCGGAGGAAACUACAGAGAUCACAAAAUGGUCAAAAUCACAAGCUUCAUCACGCGAGACGUGAGGUUUCCAACCUCCCUCGACAAGACUGGCUCCGAUGCCAUGAAUGCCGCUGGCGAUUACUCUUCUGCCUACUGUAUUCUCUACACAGACUCAUCCUAUGCUGGACACGGUAUGACUUUCACCAUUGGUCGUGGAAAUGAGAUCGUCUGCUCCGCCAUCUCCCUUCUGGCCCCGCUCCUGGUCGGAAAAGAUCUCGACGAGCUGACAUCCAACUGGGGCAAGACAUGGCGCUACCUUGUUUCUGACAGUCAGCUGCGCUGGAUCGGUCCCGAGAAGGGUGUGAUCCAUCUGGCCCUCGGAGCUGUUGUCAAUGCGCUCUGGGAUCUGUGGGCCAAGGUCCUGAACAAGCCUGUUUGGCGCAUUGUCGCUGAUAUGACCCCUGAGGAGUACGUCGGCUGCAUUGACUUCCGCUAUAUUACCGAUGCCAUCACACCGGAGGAGGCGAUUGCUCUUCUCAAGGAGGUCGAGGGUGGUAAGGCGGACCGCAUUAAGGAGGCUGAGCUGAGCCAGGCCGUGCCGGCUUAUACCACGAGCGCUGGGUGGUUGGGAUACAGUGAGGAGAAGCUGAAGGCGCUCCUGAAGCAGAGCGUUGAGCAGGGUUAUAGGCAUUUCAAGCUGAAGGUUGGCGCUAACCUCGAGGAUGAUAAGAGGAGGUUGGCCAUCGCCCGGGAGGCUAUUGGGUAUGACCAGGGAAAUAUUCUCAUGGUGGAUGCGAACCAGGUCUGGUCCGUCCCCGAGGCCAUUGAAUGGAUGGGUCACCUUGCAGAGUUUAAGCCCUGGUUCAUCGAAGAACCCACUUCCCCCGAUGACAUCCUGGGCCACGCCACCAUCAAGAAGGCCCUCGAGAACACUCCCUACGGCACCAUUGGCGUCGCUACUGGUGAGAUGUGCCAGAAUCGCGUGAUCUUCAAGCAGCUUCUGCAGGCGGGAGCCUUGACGGUCCUCCAGGCCGACGCUUGCCGUGUGGGUGGUGUCAACGAGGUCAUGGCUAUCCUGCUGCUUGCCCGCAAGUUUGGUGUGCCGAUUGUCCCUCACUCUGGCGGGGUCGGGUUACCCGAGUAUACGCAGCACCUGAGCACCAUUGACUACGUUGUUGUCAGUGGCAAGAAGAGCGUGCUUGAGUAUGUUGACCAUCUGCACGAGCACUUCCUGCACCCAUCUAGUGUUAAGGAUGGAUACUACGUUACACCGAUGGAGCCGGGAUACAGUGUCGAGAUGAAGGCCGAGAGCAUGGACAAGUUUGCCUUCCCUGGUGAGGAGGGUAAGAGUUGGUGGAGGUCGGCAGAAGCAAAGCCUAUUUUGGAGGGUCCUAGGAUAUGAUUUCGGCGAUGAAAUGGCUGGUUUAUGUGUGAGAUGAAAGACAGACACAUAAGCGUGUUUGAUAUGCUACGCUUGUGUAUUCACAAUAUAUAUAUCUAUAUCUAUAUCUAUAUCUAUAUACGCAUUGAAAUAUGACUUUAUUUUUUCAUUUAAUCAAAGUCUCC